AUGGGAAACCGUGGCAUGGAAGAGCUAAUCCCGCUGGUCAACAAGCUCCAGGAUGCAUUCAGCUCCAUUGGCCAGGCGUGCAACCUGGACCUGCCGCAAAUCGCGGUGGUGGGCGGCCAGAGUGCAGGAAAAAGCUCCGUGUUGGAGAACUUUGUGGGCAGGGACUUUCUGCCUCGCGGCUCUGGUAUCGUGACUCGUAGGCCUCUGGUUCUGCAGCUUAUCAGUGCGACUGCAGAGUGGGCUGAAUUUCUUCAUUGCAAAGGAAAGAAGUUCACAGAUUUUGAUGAAGUUCGCCAGGAGAUUGAGGCCGAGACGGACCGUGUUACUGGUGCUAACAAAGGCAUAUCUCCAGUCCCCAUCAACUUACGUGUUUAUUCCCCAAAUGUGCUGAAUUUAACCCUCAUCGACUUGCCGGGAAUCACCAAGGUGCCAGUUGGAGACCAACCUGUUGACAUCGAGCAACAAAUAAGGGACAUGAUCAUGCAGUUCAUCACCAGGGAGAGCUGCCUGAUCUUGGCUGUUACUCCGGCCAACACUGACCUUGCUAACUCGGACGCCCUUAAACUGGCAAAGGAUGUUGAUCCUCAAGGUCUGAGGACGAUAGGAGUAAUCACCAAACUGGAUUUGAUGGAUGAGGGCACUGAUGCCCGUGAUGUGCUUGAGAACAAGCUUCUGCCACUGAGGAGAGGCUACAUUGGUGUGGUGAACCGCAGUCAGAAGGACAUCGAUGGGAAGAAAGAUAUUAAAGCAGCUUUGGAGGCAGAGAGAAAGUUCUUUUUCUCUCAUCCAGCAUAUAGGCACAUGGGGGACAAAAUGGGCACCCCACGCCUGCAGAAAGUGCUCAACCAGCAACUGACCAACCAUAUCAGAGACACUUUGCCAGCCUUCCGUAGUAAACUACAAUCCCAGCUGUUGGCUUUGGAUAAGGAGGCAGAGGAAUACCGGGGUUACCGACCGGAUGACCCAUCCCGCAAAACCAAGCAGCUUUUACAGAUGGUACAACAGUUCUCUGUGGACUUUGAGAAGAGGAUCGAGGGUUCAGGGGACCAGGUGGACACUGUGGAGCUAUCAGGUGGAGCCAAAAUCAACCGCAUCUUCCAUGAGCGUUUCCCGUUUGAACUUGUCAAGAUGGAGUGUGAUGAAAAGGAGAUGCGUCGUGAGAUCAGUUAUGCCAUCAAGAACAUCCACGGAAUCAGGACAGGGCUAUUCACUCCAGACAUGGCCUUUGAAGCCAUUGUAAAGAAACAAAUCAUCAAGUUAAAGGAGCCCUGUGUCAAGUGUGUAGACAUGGUCAUCCAGGAACUGAUCAACACUGUACGCCAGUGUUCCAACAAGUUGGAAUGUUUCCCAAGGCUGCGUGAAGAAACUGAAAGAAUUGUGACUUCUCAUAUACGAGACAGAGAGAGUCGGGCCAAAGAACAGGUUCUGCUGGUGAUAGACAUUCAGCUCUCUUACAUCAACACAAAUCAUGAGGACUUCAUUGGUUUUGCAAAUGCUCAGCAGAGAAGCAGUCAGACUAACAAGAGUCAAAGUUCAGCAACAAAUCAGGUGAGCCAGGUCAUUCGCAAAGGCUGGCUGACCAUAAACAACAUCAGCAUCAUGAAGGGAGGAGCCAAGGAGUACUGGUUUGUGCUUACUGCUGAGAGCCUUUCCUGGUUCAAGGAUGAUGAGGAGAAAGAGAAAAAGUACAUGCUUCCCCUCGACAACCUGAAAGUCCGUGACGUUGAGAAGAGUUUUAUGUCGAGCAAGCACAUAUUUUGCAUUUUUAAUACAGAGUCAAGGAAUGUCUAUAAGGACAAUCGCACUCUGGAAUUGGCUUGUGACUCGCAGGAUGAUGUGGACAGCUGGAAGUCUUCCCUCUUACGUGCUGGGGUCUACCCUGAGAAGACCACCUCAGUUGAGAGUGAGUCCUCUACUACCACUUCGGAUAACUUCUCCAUGGACCCACAGCUGGAGCGUAAAGUGGAAACUAUCCGUAAUCUGGUUGACUCCUACAUGGCUAUUGUUAACAAGUGCAUUCGGGAUCUCAUGCCCAAAGCCAUCAUGCAUCUCAUGAUCAAUAAUGUAAAGGAGUUCAUCAACGCGGAGCUGCUGGCGCAGUUGUACUCUGCGGGUGAUCAGAACGCCCUGAUGGACGAGUCUCAGGAGCAGGCCCAGAGAAGGGAUGAGGUGCUGAGGACACACCAGGCCCUUAAAGAGGCAUUGGCUAUCAUCGGGGAUAUCUCAACCACCACCAUCACAGUUCCUCUGCCGCCCCCUGUUGACAACUCAUGGGUUGGGGGAUCCAGCGGAGGUCGAAGGUCUCCUCCUCCGAGUCCAACUGCCCCAAGGAGGAUGUCUGCAGGCCAGCGCCCAGCACCUCGAGGAGCCCCACCGCCACCAAAUCGUCCAGGUCCCCUGGGGCCCUUCAAUAACAGUGCUGAGAGCCCCCAGGCUCCAAGUCGCCCGAAUAGGGCCCCCCCUAACAUCCCCAGCCGACGACCACCGCCAUCUCCAACAAGACAAGUACCGCCAUAA